GUGGCGCUGCUGAGCUGCGCCUUAACUCCCUCAGGACUCCGGUGUGAGCGAGGAAACAUCAAACUGAAAGUAGUGGACCCCUCAGUCUGUGGAAAACUACGCAAACCUAAACCCUUUUACAUCAGGACAGUGUCAGUGACAGUGACAGUGAAAAAUGUCUCGUAGAUAUGAUUCUCGAACAACCAUAUUUUCACCUGAAGGACGCCUGUAUCAGGUGGAGUAUGCGAUGGAAGCAAUCGGUCAUGCUGGAACAUGUCUGGGGAUUCUCGCAAAUGACGGAGUGCUAUUAGCAGCAGAGAGACGCAACAUCCACAAACUGCUCGAUGAGGUUUUCUUCUCGGAGAAAAUCUACAAGCUCAAUGAUGACUUGGCCUGCAGUGUUGCUGGGAUCACAUCAGAUGCUAAUGUACUAACAAAUGAGCUGCGGCUAAUUGCACAGAGGUAUUUAUUGCAGUACCAGGAGCCCAUACCCUGCGAGCAGUUGGUGACGGCCCUGUGUGACAUUAAGCAAGCAUACACACAGUUUGGAGGCAAGAGGCCGUUUGGUGUUUCUCUGCUGUACAUGGGCUGGGACAAACACUACGGCUUCCAGUUGUACCAGAGUGACCCCAGUGGCAACUAUGGAGGCUGGAAGGCAACCUGUAUCGGCAACAACAGUGCUGCUGCAGUGUCCAUGUUGAAGCAGGACUACAAAGAGGGUGAGAUGACUCUGUCCUCUGCUCUGGCUCUGGCUGUCAAAGUCCUCAACAAAACAAUGGAUGUCAGCAAACUCUCAGCAGAGAAAGUGGAAAUCGCCACCCUGACACGGGAAAACGGGAAAACAAAAAUCAAGGUGCUGAAACUGAAAGAAGUCGAGGAACUCAUCAAGCGACAUGAGGCCGAGGAGGCGAAGGCUGAGAAGGACAAAAAGGAGAAGGAGCAGAAGGAGAAGGACAAAUGAGAGAAAUAAUAUAUAUAGUUUUCCUCUUGUCACCACUUCCUGUAUUGUUUUGUCUUUUACAUUAAAAGUUUUGUAAACAGA